UUUUGACAAUGCUGCUAAAGACCUUGAUGUUUGUAUUCAAUACACUCAAAAAGUUUAAAGGUCUUAUAGUUAUAAUAAACACUAAAUGGACCUUUAAAUGGUGUUUCUUAGUCAAACGCCAUGCAAUGCAAUACGUGCAAUGCAUGACACUAAGAAUACUAUAUGUGCUUCAGUACACUCACUUUAAAUCAACAAAAAGAGCAUCACCUUCUUAGUAAAUAUUAAGACAAGUUGGUCAUUAUUGCUGCUAAGGUACCACGUGAUUUAACAAAGUCUUCAUGUUAAUGUCCCCGCUACUGCAUAAUGUGUUACAGCUCAUGUUAAUGUGACUGUUUUUCACAGGUGAAAUUGAAGUAAGCCAAUACCAUAUCUGUUCCCUGUAUUUUGGUUCUGACCAAGUGGGUAUUGUUCUACAAAUGGAUAAUGGAGACUGGGGCCAUAGGAUGACUACUCCUGUUACUUUGAACGUGGGAGGCCACCUUUACACCACCAGCUUGUCCACCCUGCAGCGUUACCCAGACUCCAUGCUGGGUGCCAUGUUCAGGGGAGAUUUCCCGACAACUCGUGACUCCCAGGGCAAUUAUUUCAUAGACCGUGAUGGAACGCUUUUCCGGUACAUCCUGAACUUCCUGCGAACGUCUGAGCUCACCCUCCCGCUGGACUUCACAGAGACAGACCUCCUAAGGAAAGAGGCUGAUUUUUACCAGAUCGAACCUCUGAUCCAUUGUCUUAGUGAUCCCAAGCCCCUGUACCCUCCUGACAUCUUCGAGCAGGUGGUGGAGCUCUCCAGCACUCGAAAACUGUCAAAAUACUCAAACCCUGUCGCUGUUAUCAUCACACAGCUAACCAUAACUACAAAGGUUCAUGGCCUGCUAGAAGGGAUUUCCAACAACUUUACCAAGUGGAACAAACACAUGAUGGACACCAGAGACUGCCAGGUGUCCUUCACCUUUGGACCAUGUGACUAUCAUCAAGAGAUAUCCCUAAGGGUUCACCUCAUGGAUUACAUCAUGAAACAAGGCUUCACCAUCCGCAACACGCGUGUGCAUCACAUGAGUGAGCGUGCAAACGAGAACACAGUGGAGCAUCACUGGACUUUCUGUAGACCGGCUCACAAAGUUGAGGACUAAGUAACAGCAGAGUUGUUGUGGAUGUCUGAUUUGUAUUCAUACUCCUCAAAUCAUGAUUAAAAACAAACAAAAUGCACCUAUGUUUCUGUAAUGAAUCAUAGAUACGAUUAUUUUUCAUUACUGUAAUCAAAGUGGUACAGAGCCCAGAACUCGAAUUUCAAUCCAGACAGACAGCACAAAAUAAACAAGUAUAUGAAUGAUUUAUUUAUUCAUCUGAGUGUUAACUUCUUGUAACACUGCAAUCUGUGCCACCACUACAUUUUUAAGAAAGUCUAAAAAAAACAAAAA